AUGCAGAAGAUCAAGACGGCAAAAGUACUCAAUCAUUUGACGACUGCUUUGGAGGAGUGGAUGAUGGAGAAAUACGAGAUUGGACAUGCAAUUCCAUCAAAUGACGAACAAUACAUUGGUUCUGUUCUGAUGUGGAAAAAGAACGUUGAAAGCUCACUGCAUGGAGUUUUUGAUUCAAACGCUGGACGUGAAAUUGAGACUUAUCUUAACUCACAACUUGCGGACAAGAUAUUCACUGCAAAAGAGUUCUGGAGGAAUAGUGAAAGGAUAUUGAAGAAUGUUAUGAUUAGUUCUUCAAGAAGGAAGAUGCAUAAAGACAAUGUAGAGGGAGGUGAUGACAAUGGAGGUUUUGCAUUGAUGCUUAAUGUGAGGAACAAGAAGUUCAUUGCAGCAGACAGGGGGAACUACAAGGCUGUGCUUGUGUCCAAAGGUGGUAAUGCCUCACAAAUUACUGGAAAUAACAGGCCUACCGUUUCAGAUUUGCUGCAUUUUAAAUUUCAAUCUCCCAGAGAUCUGAACUUGGGUAUGAUUAUCAAGAGGGUGAAGCCUGCAAAUGGUGAAUCAGUGAUAUUAGCUAGUGAUGGAAUCUGGCAGUUAAAGUCUGAAAUGCAGAAGAUCAAGAUGGCAAAAGUACUCAAUCGUUUGAAGACUGCUUUGGAGGAGUGGCUCACUGGUCAUGUUGCAUGGAGUUUUUGA